AUACGCCGCCCGAAUGGGCCGCCUCAUAGGAUGGCGGACGGCGGGGCGUCCUUGCCUCCUCUAUCCCAAAAGCCACCGCGCUGGCGGUCUCGACGAUUGCUAGUGGAUCUGGUGGCUCGCCGUUCCCUGGGCAGGUCCGCCGGGAGGCCGGAGCAGCUCCGGCUGCAGUGGGGGCGGGAGCGGGAGCAGAGCAGAGCACGGAGGGCUGGACAGAGCUGAGAUGAGUGAAAAACUUGAACAUGGUGUGGGCUGAUUUGAGGACCUGCUGAUUUUUGUCUUCUGAUCUGAGGGACCCCAGGCUGGGGACCCCGGAAAACAGUCUAGGGGCAUGAUGGAUUUGGCUUAUGUCUGUGAGUGGGAGAAAAGGCCCAAAAGCAAUCACUGCCCCUCCAUUCCAUUGGUCUGUGCCUGGUCCUGCCGAAACCUUAUAGCCUUCACUACAGACCUGAAAAAUGAAGAGGAGAAAGAUUUGACCCACAUGAUUCACAUUUUGGAUACAGAGCACCCCUGGGACGUGUACUCCAUCAACUCUGAACACAUCGAAAUGAUCACUUGCCUGGAGUGGGAUCAGUCUGGCUCCAGGCUCCUGUCGGCCGAUGCCGAUGGGCACGUGAAGUGCUGGAGCAUGACCGACCAUCUGGCCAACAGCUGGGAGAAUACGGUGGGCAGCAUGGUGGAAGGCGACCCCAUUGUCUCUUUGUCUUGGUUACACAAUGGCGUGAAGCUUGCCCUGCAUGUGGAGAAGUCUGGUGCCUCGAGUUUCGGCGACAAGUUUUCUCGAGUCAAGUUCUCCCCCUCUCUGACGCUUUUUGGCGGGAAGCCUAUGGAGGGUUGGAUUGCAGUGACCAUCAGUGGGCUGGUGACUGUCUCCCUGCUCAAGCCCAACGGGCAGGUGCUGACCUCCACAGAGAGUCUGUGCCGCCUGCGCUGCCGCGUGGCCCUGGCAGACAUCGCCUUCACCGGUGGGGGGAACAUCGUGGUGGCCACGUCCGAUGGCAGUAGCACCUCCCCCGUCCAGUUCUACAAGGUGUGUGUCAGCGUAGUGAACGAGAAGUGCAGGAUCGACACGGAGAUCCUGCCAUCCCUCUUCAUGCGCUGCACGACAGACCCUGCCCGGAAGGACAAGUACCCCGCCAUCACACACCUGAAAUUCCUCGCCAGAGACAUGUCAGAGCAGGUGCUGCUGUGUGCCUCCAACCAGAUGAACAGCAUUGUGGAGUGCUGGUCCCUGCGCAAGGAGGGCCUGCCUGUGAACAACAUCUUCCAGCAGAUUUCCCCUGUGGUUGGAGAUAAACAACCGAUGAUCCUCAAGUGGCGGAUUCUUUCAGCGACCAAUGAGCUGGACCGUGUGUCUGCCGUGGCCCUGCCCAAGUUGCCCAUCUCGCUCACCAACACUGACCUGAAAGUGGCGAGUGACACCAAGUUCUGCCCUGGAUUAG